AUGGCUAAUCCGGGGCGUGGACAGCUGGAGCCAGGCGAGGGGAUUAUCCAGAUAGAGGACAACGAGUCCAGAGUAUGGGAGGACUGCCCAACAAGCGCCGCCUGGGUUGGACCUAGGUUGGCUGUCUUCCUCGUUGGCGUUGGUCGCUGGCAUCGAGGGCUACCCUUUGAGGACUGGAGCGUUGGUGCCAGGGCUUUCUGCCCCGCACCAAUGGCGCAGCCUUCUGCGGGCGCCGUGCCGGAGGCCGAGAUGGAGGAAGCAACCAUGCAAGAUGGAAUGGCAGCUGGGCCCGUGGUCGACGAGCGCCCUGAGACACGAGACCAGGAGACAGAGCAGUGGAUGGACUGGAGGUUCGCCUUUGUGUCCUACCUUGGCGUGGUAGACGCCCAGUUUGCGGUAGAAAUCGAGAAGGUCGAAGCAACGGCGAACUCGGAGAAGGCGAUGGUGAACAUGGAGCCGGCCACGCAGGUUCGCUCACGCGAACUAUAUGCAAUAUUGCUGUCGUUCGUGAGGAACAGGCCGGCAAAGUUGGUCCGGGCGGUCCCCCAGAGCAACGGCUACGAGGCUUGGAGAGUUUUGACUUUGGAGAUGAUGCCCUCCAGCCGCCAGAGACAACUUGCGCUUAUCACGCAACUCACCUCCACCCGGCUGGACGGCACCAAGUCUCUGGGCGAGCAACUUGGCAGAUACGAUGAACUUGUUCGAGAAUAUGAGCGCGUGUCGGGAGGAAAGUUUUCGGAGGACCUCAAGGUGAGCACUCUUAUUGCAGCCGCGCCGCCGGCGCUACAAGCACAGCUGCGCAUGAGCUUGGGGCCUUCGACCACCUAUGUUUCAGUGCGUGAGAAAAUCCUCCUGUACGAGCGCUCCACGGCCAAGUGGCACACCGCCACUCCGCUGGCAAUGCCCUCCUUGAGUUCCUCCUCGAGCGGCCCUGCCCCCAUGGAGGUGGACCGCGUGCAGGACAAGGGCAAGGGCAAGGGCAAGAAGAAGGACGGCAAAGGGAUGAUCACUCCUCCGUCUGCCCCCAUCCUAGAGGUCUAUGAGAUGUCGGAUGGUGAGAUAGAGGAGCCCUACGAGUGCGCGGGCUACGGGAUCAACCUGCGAGUGCACACCGGUAGCUCGAUACUGCGGUCUGAGGGGGCGCCUCCGAGGAGCGGGCACAAAGACCCAGCUGCGAAGCCCGUGGUCGAGGCGAUAUCGGACUCGAACUUCGCCAACAGCCACGAGACGCGAAGGAGCUUGAGUUCAGGCCAGGUGUACUACGACGGCGCCCUGGUCUACUCCUUCGUCAGGGCACAGAAGGUGGUCACGACGAGCUCUGGCGAGGCCGAGCUGGUGGCGCUGACGCAGACGGUUGGAGAGGCCGUGUUGGUGCGGAAGGCGGUCGCGUUCCUGCUGGGGCGCCGACCUGAGGAUGUUGACCUGACGGCCCGCACCGACAGCUCAGUGGCCCGAGCCAUUGCAUCUCGCAAUGGGAUCGGCAAGGUCAAGCACCUCUCGACCUCAUGCCUUUGGCUCCAAGGUUGGGUGGCAAGGAAAGAGCUGAAGAUUUCCGCCAUCCCGACCGAGAUCAACCCCGCUGACCUCGGCACCAAAGUGCUCACGGCACGCCGGAUGGCCCUGCUACUGUUCAUCCUCGGGAUGGUCGGCGACAAUGGCCAGAGGAUUGGAGAAGAAGAGCACCAAGAACGGCGAGCACGACGAGGAGGCCAACAUGCAAGCGUGCUUCGGCUUGCGCAGAUGGUGCUGGCCAUGCAGCUUCAAGGGUGUGCCGCUGUUGAGGGCAGCGGGCAGGCCACGAACGACUUUGUCGAGCAGUUCUUCCUGAAGCUGCUGCUCGCUCUUGAGGUGCUCAAUGGUGUCCUGCUGGAGUACCCCGCCGCGCUUGGAUUGGUCGCUGUGUUGUUGGUGGCAGUCGGGCUGUGCUAUGGAACCUGGGGAAGGCCCCUUGUGAUCAAGGACCAACAAGCAGCCCACGGGGACCAGCUGGCAACGCACAAACAGGAGGUAGCGGACAACGAGAAGCAGAUCACGAACCACAUCGAGAAGCAGAUCACGAACCACAUCAAGGAGCAGAUCACGAACCACAUCGAGCUAAUCACGGACCACAUCGAGCAGAUCACGGACCACAUCGAGCAGAUCACGGACCACAUCGAGCAGAUCAUGGGCCACAGAGGUCAGAACAGAGGCACAGUCGUGAAGUCGUACAAGGGGAACCGAGCAGUUCUACAGCCACCGGAGGGCGACCCAGAGGGCGACUCGUGCUGGCAAAGGGCGCUCGACAGGAAUGUGCAGGGCAGUGCCAAGACCGUACGGCGCUGCACCUUGCAAGAAGCGAUCGAACGCGGCUUGCAGCCCGGACAGUGCUGCACCGCGGGCACAGCGGGCACAGAGCAGGCAAAGAACAUGCAGAAGGCCCUCGUCGACAUCCUCUUCGCCGCGGAACCGGGCCCGCCUUGUCGCUCAGGUCCGUUCUCCACCAACAACAUCUUCUCAGGCGGGGGCCUCUUACAGAUAGAGCUGGGCACGCCCUGUGAUGUGAUCGAGUUGAGGCCGAUCGGUGUCGAUCCCUUAGAGUUUCAAGGAACUGACCUCAUCUCUCGACACGAAGGGAUCUUGGUACACUUGCUCGACGAUUCUCCUGCGAGCCGCGGCCUUGCCAGGACAUCGGCCAUGAGCCUGGCCUUUACUCUUUUUCACGCUGGAGUGAGGGUCGCAGGAUCGUCAGACGACGAAGGGUUCGCGCUGAGAGCUGCUGAACUUGAGACGGUGAUAGCCUCGGAUUUGAGAGGCUACGCUUUGCUGAAGUCUGUGCCAAGGCUCAGGUGGCAUCUUUGUGGAUUGAGUGCCGUUGCCGACGCGCAGCGCUCCCAGGCCUGGUCCAGCGUCGGUGUCGAGUCGCCUUGCGCGAAGUAUGCCAGCACUGGAGAGUUUGCAGCGCUGUCUGUUUGUGCCGCAGCUUCCUUUGGCGAAGAUGUUUGUAGCUUGCCCGGGCCCCAGCUGGCCCGCCACGCCGCCAUGUGGCCUGCCUGCGAGAGGCCGAGAAUGCCGAGCCGGCAGGCCGAGGGUGCAAAUGCGGGCUUGGAGCUGGGACAGCAGAUGUCGGACGAAGCCAAAAGCGUGCGUGUCGUGGAGCGACCAGAGAAGGCAACGAUCAAGGCCUUUGUCAACAGCCCAGGUCCCUUUCCGAAAACAAGCCCGUCAUUUCUGGUCGUGAGUGGAGCGCAAGGAACCGGGAAGUCCACCAUGCUGGAGAGCCUGUUCGCUGAGUAUCACGACGACGGCCGCUGGGUGCUGCCCGUGAGUCAAGAAAUCGACCCGGGCGGCAAACUGGAUCUCACGGAUGUAGCGCAGCAGGCAUUGAGAACACGGAACCUGCCGCAGUUCCUGCCAAGUUUCCAGUUGAUCCCAACCCUGCUGAAGACCCUGAGCGAGAAGUGCAGUCGCGAAAGUGGCGGCCCCCUCAUCGUGUACCUGCAGUUGUCCACCAAAUUCCGGGGCGCCCCUUUCACCGAUGACCAGUGCGAAGCGUUAGCGACAGAGGUCGGAGCCUUCGGCCGAAAGCUGACGUACGACUACCCGCUGUGCAAGUUGGUUGUCGAGCUGUCCGUGUCCUUGAUCGCCGACAAGAUCCAGGACAAGUUCAACAUGUCCCGGCUGGUGGUGGUGGACCCACUGCCUUUGAAGAGCUUCGUGGCGUUGGCUUUGGAGAUUCCGGAGAUUGCCGGAUAUCUCAAGAUGGACGAGCAAAGCCAGGAGGAGGUACUCAAGUACUUCUACCUUCGCGCUGGCGGCAGCUUCCGCGAGCUGCAGCUGCUCCUGGAAAACGCGGCCAAGGCCAACGCCUCGGAUGCGCGGGGGAUCAAGGGCCAGAUCGACAAGUGGUAUGAGAAGAAGAUCCAGCCCAUCAAGGACGUUCUGGCUGAGACGGAGGAGAACGAGUUUCAGCAGUUCAUCCGGCGUCUGCUGGGACAGAAGCCCGAGUCCAAGUACCUGGACUACCUGACGAAGGUGGCCGAGGCGGGCCCAAAAGGCUACCUCAGCGGGGGCGAUGCGCUGAAGAAGGAGACGAAGCUGGAGAUGGAGCUCCGGCGCCUGCAGCCGGCGCAGGCAGUCCUCCGGAGCACCACGAGUACCCAGGUGGCUCUGCGUCAUUGGUACUUCGUCUUCUACGUCCUGGGUGAAACCGAGAAGGCCCUGCAAGAUGCAGGCUACAUGUAUAGUCUUAGUGCGGACGUUUUUGCAGGCGCAGAGACCACUUUGAAAGAACGGCGAUCGCCUGAGCAAAAAAGUAGGCCAGUGCGAAUCUCUGCGCGCGGCGGUAGCAGUCUUGCAACUGUUCAAGUCAUUGUUGUCUUUGGCUCGACCCGGCAAGGUACAGCCCGCCGACAUCUCUGA